CCCUGUCAGAGCCAAUCCGCGGCUGGGUGUAAAGUAGGGCAAGCCGCUUCCUGGUUCUCAGAAAGAAGGAGCUGGGAGUCGGAGUGGGCCAGCGGAGGCAGCAGACAGAGGGGGGUCAUAUCAGCCCAGAGAGCCGGCGGUCUGCAGAGACGCGACACGAGAGGACCCACAAGAAAAACGCUGACGCACGAUCCGGCGAUGAUUAAAAGCUCCCGGGUGUCGAGCUGAGAACGGCAGGACCCCCGGUGGAGAAGGAGAAAAAAAGACAAGAGCAGGGAGGACUAAAAAAAGAAGAAGAAGAAGUAGGCAGGGUGGGACGGAGUAAUCCAGGAAGUGUGGAGGCCGGUCAGGUGGGAGGCGACGAGUCUGAACAGGUGACACACCGGCACUCAGGUGUAUGACCUCUGCUGACCUUCGAGCAAAGGACCAAAGGGGAGGGGGACGAGCGAGGGCCAGAAGUAAUCAGGCACCCAUCUUCUCCUGGGUUUAUGGACCGGAGGUGGCAAUGUCUCCAGGAGAGGACGGUCUGAUUGGGAUCCCCUUCCCGGAGCACAGCAACGAGCUCUUGUCCCACCUAAAUGACCAGAGACGGACAGGCCUUCUGUGUGACCUCACUCUGACAUCUCGCGGGGCGCGCUACCCAACUCACCGCUCAGUCAUGGCCGCCGUUAGCCUCUACUUCCGCGGGCUGUUCGGGGCGGAGGAAGGGGGCGGCGAGGGCGGAGGAGGUUGUUUCAGCGUGUGCCAGCUCGACUGUGUGGCGCCCGACGCCCUGGACGCCCUGCUGGAGUUCGCCUACACGGCCACUCUGACCAUCCCCAGCUCGGGGAUGAGAGAUGUGCUGCGAGGGGCUCAGCUUCUGGGCAUCCAGUGUGUGGCCGACGCGUGCAGAGACAUCCUGGGGGAGACGGUGGAGGGGGAGGCAUCAGAGGAGCAGAGAGUCCAAAACACAGCUACUGAGAGGAUGGCGGGGGGAGAGAGCAGGGUGGAGCGAGGGUCUCGAAGAAAAAUGGACAAAAAGAAGAUGAGAAGAUUUGGGUCAAAUCACAUCAACUCCUCAGCUUUGAACCCACCACCUGCUUCUCCCGUCUCACAUCCUUCACCUGCAUCCGACAGCUUCCGCUCGCUGCCGUCUACUCAGCCGCCCAGCCCCGAACAGGAGGAGCUUCGCGUCAAAUCCAAGCAGAACGGAGAUGGCAGGGCGAUCAGAAAGCUGGAGAAAGGGGCCCCGCUAAAUGGAGGGCUCCUUCACUGGCAGCAUGAGCGCCCACAUAUAGCCCACCCACCCCUUGUCCCGCCAUUGAAUGACAAGCUGUCAGAGGACGAGGACAUGGAGGGUUUUGGUGAUGACGGCAUGCUGAUGGAAAGCACCUCCGUACCUACCUCUGCAGCUGAUCGCGGUGCAGCAGCCUCGGCAGCGGGAGGUGGGAGGAAGAGGAAGUCUCAGACGCCCCAGCAGUGCCCUGUUUGUCAGAAGAUCAUUCAUGGAGCAGGAAAACUGCCCCGACACAUGAGGACGCACACUGGAGAGAAGCCCUUCCAGUGCUCUGCCUGCGGAGUCCGCUUCACUCGGAACGAUAAGUUGAAGAUCCACAUGAGGAAACACACAGGCGAGCGUCCUUACCCCUGCCCGCACUGCCCUGCCCGGUUCCUCCACUCGUACGACCUAAAGAACCACCUGUCCCUCCACAGCGGGGCGAGGCCCUUUGAGUGCCCGCUCUGCCACAAGGCCUUCGCCCGAGAGGACCACCUCCAGCGUCACCGCAAGGGACACAGCUGCCUGGAGCUGCGCACACGUCGACCCAGACGUGGGGCUGAGUUUGAGGAGGAUGGGAGAGGGGAUGAAGGUGGGAUGGAGCCGUCCAACCCUCUGGAGGCUCUGUCUUUACAGGCCCACCCCUCUGCGUUCUUCCCUCACACGGUGCUGGACGUCGGGAGUGGAUCCGGUGUCGGCCCCCCGCUGAUGUUUCCAGGUGACGUCGAGAGGGAGCGAUCUCUCGCCCUUCAGGCUUUGGCUCAACUUGGGCCUCACAGGCACGCCGGCUAUCCUGAGCUCUUCCUGCGAGGUCUGGAGCUGCGAGGGGGCCGAGAGGCGGAGGGAGAAGAUCCAGGAGGAACCCCCUCGCCGGCUGCACAGCGUGACCGAUGGGCUGAUGAAGAGGAAAUUGGAGAUGAUGAAGUGGAGGAAGAGGAAUAGUAAAAAAAAAAAAAAAGAGGGUGUGCGUGUGUGCAUAUGUGUGCGUGUCUGUGUGGUUAAGCAUCCACAGUAAAAAAAAAAAUGAUCUCACUCAGGUGGCUGGACUAAUGACCUGCUGCUCCCACAUAGCGAGCGCUUACAAAAUAAAAACUACUAAAUGAUAUUAAAAGAAAAAAAAUGGAAAACGGGUUUUCUUAGAUAUUUUAAAUGUUUGUCUUCUGGCUCUUGGCGUUUUUAUUUCAUUUGUCUUUUAGAUUAUAUUUCUCGUUUGCUGUUUAAUUUGAUGUAUUUCUGUUUUGAGCUGUUUGGUUGCUGGGAUGCUUUUCACUAUGCAAACUAAAAUCCAGAGCUGCGACAUGAAGGGAAUUUUGAAGAUGUUAGAUUUUAGUUACAACAUAAAUGUAUUGAUUCAGGUGCAAUUCAGAAGUCAUAUCACCAAGAUGAGUUUGUGCGCCCGCUGUCCUCUGGUGGUUAUCAGUGGAAAUGCAGUGUAAUUAAUCAAACUCACCCUGUACAUUGAAAGCAAUAAUGUUCGUUGUGUCUUUUCUUGUUAGAAGUAAUCUCUGCUUUGAUUUGGUGCUUAAACCAAAGAUUUUUUAGUUGAACUGUUUUCUUAAAUCCUAAGUUAACAGGAGAGGAGAGAGUGGAAUUGUAGCCAAUGUUGUUUGAAGAGAAGACUCUUACCAACUGUUUUGAAAGCUAUGAGAAAGAAUCUGCUUCCAUGUUUGAGUGUUUCAGAGCCGUAGAGCUCUGUGUUAAAUGCCUGACCAAAAGAGACAAAGUCUGGGUCAAUGAGUUGAUGUCGAUUAUGUUGAAGACAAUUCUUCUUUUCCCAAAGGCUGUGGAUAUCAGUCUUCCAAUUGCACUCAUUUAGGUUCCUUGUUUGGAAAAAAAAAAGAAAAAAAUAGAAAAGGUGCAAAAAGGUGAGGGACUGAAUGAGAUGGCGCCCCCCUUUUUUCUGUACUUAUUUAUUUAUUGUUAUUUAUUAUGGUUCUUCUGCUGAAACUCUUGUUGAGACCAAAUCCAAGGAUGGGACACAGAUCACAAGUCUUACAAAAAAGCUGCAUUGCGCUAAAGAUUUUGACUCAACAUCUCCAUGUAACUUUACCACCUUUUUUAUGGGCUGCUUGUCUUCUUUUGGCGAUUCUUCCUCGAAUGCAUUCUUUGCACAUUAAACCCUGUCAGGUACUGCAAUAAUACAGGCACAUUCCAUCCUACGGGGUUAAGGGAAGGGAACAGAGCAAAGAAGAAGUCAGGGGGUUUAAAACCUUUUGAUGUAACUGGAACACAAAAUGACUUUGAUGUUUGACAUUUUCAGCACGCUUUUCUGUUUUUAACUUAACAUGUAUAGAACUGUACAACAUGUUAACAUGGCAGGUCUUAUAGAUCGGCCACCGCUGUGUCUAAUGGAGCCAUUAUCCUUUGAGUUAAUCUAUCUUUGACCAAAAACCUUUUUAGUUUUGUCAUGCUUUCCCCAGACCAGUACAUUAAGGCCUUUUGCAGGGUGGGAUGCAAUCGUUAAUGGCUUUAAACAACGACAAGUUGUCUUUUUUAUUUCCAAACCCAUGCUGUCAGAACAUGCUGUAGCAGUGGUCUGGCUUUGUGUGCACUAUCUGCCCCUUGUUGUGUAGCAAAUCUUUUUUUUUGUAGUUUCUUUUUUUUUUUUGCACUAUGAGAUUUGAGAGCUUCAAGCCUUUUUAUCUGACCUUCCAUAUCUAGUCCAUUAACUCACUCGAUAACAUUUAAGAUUGUGAUUGAAACACUUCUUUAAAACCUGCAUACAUUGAAUACUCUUCCUCCUGCAUAAUAGUACAGGGUUAAUAGUCAAUAUGAUAUAUAUUGGGAUGAAGUUGCCUUAGUUCUUGGUUUUUUUUGUGCUGCAACUACUCUCAGGAAAUCUUGAGCAAUGCACUAAGUGAUUAUACAAAAUAUUAAAUGGGAAGCAAUUGUUUGGUGCUGUCAGGUGAUUGACACUCUUCAUGCAAAUAUAAGGCCGGUAAUUUAAAAAUCAGAAUCAGAAAUGAUUUAUUGCCAAGUGUGUUUGCACAUACAAGACAUUUGACUUAACAAUAAACAAAAUACAAUCCUAAAAAAACAUUAUGAAGACAAGAAUUAUGAAGACAAGAAUAUGGAAAUGCACGAUAGAAUAUGAAAAACAAACAAAUACAGAAGAAUAUGUUGAAAUAUGUAUAUUAUUGAAGUAUCUGUAAUCCUUGUAUGUGCAAACAUGCGUGGCAAAAAACAUUUAAGAAAAUAAGAUUUUGUAGAUUUCUUAUCAUUGGACAGUUGAUGAACAAAUUAAUUAAACCGAAAUAUAAACAGGGAAAUAAUAGGCAUGACAGUAAACUACUGGCCUUACUGGAACUAGUCCUACUGGAAUGGCAGUAUGACAGUUGGUUCAUGAAGGGUGUAGGUGCUCCCGGUGGGAGCUUUGUGAAUGAAUGAGGGUGAACUGAUGCCAGCUGUGAAGUGUGUGUAUCUAUGUGAGCUGUUUGUUUUCUUGGCUUUGGUGAAGGGACUUGGGGUCCGGUCUGUGUAGAGACCCCGCUAUCAGGGAUACAUUUUUGUCUUUCCGUUUUAGUGGAACAAUCUCAGAGAUAUGAAUUCAUUUUCCCAUCAUUUGUUUCAGUUAAUGUAAAGAAAAUAAAUAAACAUAU